GGGGUAUUAGCAAUGUUAUGGGAUACCUGUGUUGCUUGGUGUAAACAGAAGGAUCGCCAUCUUGAACUCUCGAAUAAUGAGGAUAUUUUCGUGAAUAAUGUCUUCUGAUCUUCCACCGCCAUACGAAGAGAAACCCCCUGAAAGACCAUGCUUAGACCAAGACGACGGCUACUACGUUAAAAUAAACCAUGGCACUCUAUACAAUGUUGAUACACCGUUAUCCAAUCCCACCAAACAUGACCUCAUCCUGCAGGACCAACUAAAAGGGGUGUCCACCAAAGAUCUUAAUGGCUCUCAUAUCCAGUUUCAGUUUGUCCAGCCUGUCGCUUUAAGGUCGUUGGCAAAGUUUUUUCAGCUCCCCAAGAAUGUACCAAGUUGUGAUAGUGUGUCCAAUAACUUUGGUUAUAACCUCUGGUACUUUCAAAUCAAUUAUACUAUUUUACUGGUAUUGAUGGUGCUGUUGGCUAUGCAAAUAAUUAAUUGUCAGACAUUCAACCUUGAAAUUUACCUAACGGUGGUUUUUAUGGCAAUGGUCUGUGUUUUUAACCACGUUGGUUGCCAGGCAAGAGCCCUAGGGCGCAAGAUACAGAUAUCUGAACAGCUGAUUGCCAUUUUUCUGGUCAUGACUCUUUGUAAUGGUCUUCUCCCUGAGGCAUUUGAUUUUAUCUUUUUCUUUGGUGCUUAUUUAGCAUUUGUGUUCAUCCAUGCAUCAAUCAUUCAAGUUCGCAAAUCAUACCAAGUGAAGACUGUUGUUUAUGACAUCUAAAUCACCAAGGAUACCUCAACUAAAUUUUGUUUAGGAUAGAAUAAAUUUAUAUGUACAUAGGUUUGAAGAAUAUGAAUCAUGUAGAUUACCCUGAGAUAAAGUAUAAAUUAUAAAUGAUAAAUAUAACUUUAAAUAAACUAAUGAAAAUAAACUA